UUUUUUCCCCCCUAAAGGCAGAGACAACAAAAGAAAUUGUAUUGAAAGCAAAACUGCAGUCCUCACACUGCAAAGAUGCUUGCCGGAGUGUCUGGUCUCCACGUUCUGCUGUUCAUGGUUCUGGUGGGAAAGCCGGCCUUCGGGAGCUUCCUGACAUCUAUCUUAGAACAGCUGAGCUCAGGUUGGGCUGGUGGCAACCAUGAUGUGCCCAGCUACGAAUAUUACGAUGAGGAAGAGCACAUCAGUGCCUCACCUACGCAGCCUGACAAUCCUGACUGGUACUACGAAGAGGACGAUGCGUGCCAGCCCAACCCCUGUAAACACGGCGGGGACUGCGUCACUGACGGGAGGACUUUCACGUGCAGCUGCCUGGACCCUUUCUCUGGGACCAGGUGUCAGAAUGUGCAAAACAAUUGCAAGAACAACCCGUGUGGCCGGGGCCAUUGUCUCAUCACCCAAAGUCCUCCCUACUACCGCUGUGCCUGCAAACACCCUUACAUGGGUUCACGCUGUUCCAUAGUGGCUCCCGUGUGCAGGCCAAACCCCUGCCGGAAUGGCGGCACCUGCUCCCGGAAUAAGCGGAGAUCCAAGUUCUCCUGCUCCUGUCCUGACCACUUCAGGGGCAGAUUCUGCGAAGUAGGUCCGGAUGACUGCUACGUUGGCGACGGCUCCUCUUACCGAGGGCAAGUGAGUACCACAGUCAACCAGCGCACGUGCCUUCACUGGAACUCCCCCCUCCUCUUGCAGGAGAAUUACAACGUGUUUAUGGAGAAUGCCGAGUCUCAUGGCAUUGGGGAGCACAACUUCUGCAGAAACCCAGAUGGAGACCAAAAGCCCUGGUGCUAUGUUAAAGUUAGCAGUGAAAAGGUGGAGUGGGAGUACUGCGAAGUCUUGGCCUGCUCAGCCCAAGACGCCGCCUACCCGGAGGAAAGCCCGACUGAGCCCUUGGCCAAGCCCCUGGGGUUUGACUCCUGCGGGAGGACCGAGACGGCGCAGAGUCAUGUCAAGAGGAUCUACGGAGGCUUCAAGAGCACGGCAGGCAAGCACCCGUGGCAGGUGUCGAUCCAGACCGUCUCCCGGCCCCGGGGCCACUUCUGCGGGGGGUCACUGAUACACCCCUGCUGGGUGCUCACUGCCGCCCACUGCACUGAAGAAAAAGCUAGAUAUCUAAAAGUGGUGCUGGGAGACCAGGACCUGAAAAAGACAGAAUUCCACGAGCAGAGCUUCGGGGUAGAGAAGAUAUUCACGCACAGCUCCUACCAUGAAACAGAUGAGAUUCCCCACAAUGAUAUUGCUUUGCUCAAGUUAAAGCCGGUGGAUGGUCACUGUGCUCUGGAAUCCAAAUACGUGAAGACCGUUUGUCUGCCGGAUGGUCCCUUUCCCUCUGGGACUGAGUGCCACAUCUCUGGCUGGGGUGUUACAGAAACCGGGGAUGAGUCCCGCCAACUCCUGGAUGCCAAAGUCAAGCUGAUCGCCAACAGUCUGUGCAACUCCCGCCGACUCUACAACCACCUGAUCGAUGACAGUAUGAUCUGUGCGGGAAACCUUCAGAAACCUGGGCGAGACACCUGCCAGGGUGACUCCGGAGGCCCUCUGACCUGUGAGAAGGACGGCACCUACUACGUCUAUGGCAUCGUGAGCUGGGGUCUGGGAUGCGGACAGAAGCCAGGGGUGUACACCCAAGUGACCAAGUUCCUGAGUUGGGUCAAGGCCACCAUCCAGAGGGAGACUGGCUUCUAAGGUCCUGUCUUCUGAACCUCAGAGCCCAUCCUCCUCACACGCAGAUAAGGGGACGCCUCCCGGGUGUCCAGGAGGCCACGCAGUGCAGUGCCCACGCACUAAGCAGAGACGACCCGGCCUGGGCCUUCCUGGACCAACAUGGGCACCAUCUGCCUUCCCAGGUAACCCAAGGAACGACGGAAUCCACACAAAUACAUUAUGUUUGCUUCCCUUGAAACCACUGUACCUUCCAGAAAAUCAGUGUUCACAGAGACUUGCCUUCACCUGGGACAUUUGCAAACUGGGACUACAGAUUGCCUGGCACCCGUGGGAGUCACCUUCACACCUUUAUUCCUCAUCCCAGACACUCGAGGUACUCAACAGAACCGGCCAACCACGGCUCGGUAUCCGAGAGAGGACCAAAAACACAACAUUCUCCAUUUGCUUUCAGAAUUGUUAUUUUAAUAAAGGCAGAUCUGAGUGGGCUUGUGGGGCAUUUUCGCAGCUCACCCAAACUGCACCAUCUACAGCACGUCUCAGGCGGGCAAAAGUCCUCUCCACUGGCUUCCCUCUCAAGGAAUCACGGUGGACGCUGCUCACUCACAACGGCAGAGCCCUCUUCCUUUUGACGUGCAGAAUCUCCAUGGCAUCCGGGUUCACCCCUCCCAUCUGCUGAUCUCCAGCCUGCACUGCCUCCGGCCCCCCCUGCAGAAAUCAAACAGCCCCCCUGAGUGCAAAUCAAGCUCCAUCCUGCUCCCACGGGACAUGCUAAGACACCCCGGGAGCUUCACACAUGCUCACGCUCCCCCUCCCGCUCCCCUCCCCUGCCCUCCCCAGGAGAAAGGAUCCUCAAGGCAAGAAUGAGAAAGAAACAAAGCCAGUCCCUCAUUUAGACGCGGCAUCUUUCUCCUGAACAAAGUAGGGUUCAAAAUGCAGACGGUGGUAGCCAGCGAGUCCCUGACCCUUUCCGAGAAUGUAACGAGCAAGCAGUCAGCACAGCCUGGGCUGCCCUGGCCCGGGAUUGAUGUCGCCCCGGUAGGUUUGCCUCUGCAGAACUAAUAGCUGUGACUUCAGAGAAAACCCUGCAGGAAGUUUAACCCGUGUGUCAUCUGCCUGGUCAUCUCAGACCCAUGAAAUUAGGCGCCUUGCUUGAGCUGCAUUUCACACUUCUUUAGAGCUAGCUGACCUUUGGCCAAAAAUAAACUUUGAAAAGAAACAAUGAAUUUGUCUUUCCCCACGGCCUUGCAAGCCAGGGUGGGCUGGCAGCUUGCUACUCACAUAAGCCCCCCGGAGACCCAGGCCCCUUGCGUUGGCCAGUUCUGCUGCCCGCCGAGCCAUUUCCACUUUGUAGGAGCCAGGAGGGGUCCAGCCAAUGCCUCUGGUCAGGUUCAAGUCUGAUUUGUACUUGACCUUGGAAAAAAGGAGGCAAGAGGAUCAUGUUAGCAGGGUCUGGGUGGCUUGACCACGGAGCAGACAGGACUAAAAAGGCAGCCACAAGAUGGGGAAUAUGCUAAAGUAAAGCCAGAGUGAGGGGAGCAAAUCCUCCUUCAGCAGGAGCUCCUGGGUGUGGGGACCCCACGUGCUGCGGGCUGGGCCAGCACAUUGCUGUUCCUUGCACUUGUCCCAUUCAAGGGAUGGGAGCUGCAGUGGGGCAGGGAGGGGACACCUGUUCCUACCUGAGCUUACUCUGUGGCCUUAGGGAAGUCACUUCCCUUCUCCACGCUUUAGCUUCUUCCCAGGGAAAGGGCAAGGGCUGGGUUAGGUAACUACUGAGAUCCCUCGGAAGCAGUGCAGCACAGCCAGCAAGAGCCUGGGCUCUCACAUCAAAUCAAACAGGGUUCAUAUCUCAGGCCUGCCAGUAUUUGCUGUGUGAUCUUGAAUAAGUCACUUAACCUUUCUGAGCCACAGAUUCCUCAUCUGUAAAAUGGGGCAGUACUGGGGUUGUUGUGUUACGUGGCACAAUGCUUAGAAAGCAUUUGGCACAGAGCCCAGCCCACUAUACAGAAGCAAGAAACAGUAGUUACUGUUAUUAUUCCUCCAGCACCAAAGUGUUACGGGUCCUGGAUUCUAACUCAGCCUGGCUCCCCCGAGAGGGGAACAUGGCACGUGGGACUAUGGAAGAGACACCAGGGGAAGGCAGCUCACGUCACUCUGCAGCUGGUGAGCCUUCUGCGCGUGCUUCAGGCCCAGCUGCUCCGGGUCGCAGCUGGGCUGGGGCAGGGGCUGCCUGUAAUGCACGUCGCUGGCCAGCUGCUGGCUCCUCUUGGCCUGAAGGAAGCCGGGCUGGUCUGUGCAGCUGUGGAACUGGGACCGAUUCUUGGCAAAGUCCUUUUUGUACUCAUUGUCACUCUGAAGUCUGCUGACGUUGAAGAAAUGCCUCAUCCGUGGGUCGUCGUGGAUGCUGCGGUACCCAAUCUGCAGGCCCCGGUCCCGCAGGAAAGCCUCUUUGUACCGGAACUGCAAGUCGGAGCAGCAGAGGUGCAUCACAGGUAUGUCACAGGUGCCCACUUCGCCCUGGGCCAGCCCACGGGAUUCUCAGCAGGAGGCUCCAGAGUGGGUUAAGGGCACAAGCUUUGGGUUUAAGCAGACCUAGCUGUGCAGCCUUGGGCCAGUUACUGAGUCUCCCUCUGAGCCUCAGUUUCCCCAUUUGAUAAAGUGGGAAAACGAUCUACUGCCCCCCACCCAGGGGGGUUGAGAGGAUUCAACCAGACAGGGGCUGAGCUUCGUGUCUGGCGCCAGCUCGUGCCCACUGCGUGGAGGCUGCUGGAGUUGCUGCUGCUGGGAUUAACACUCAAACAGGAAGAAGAGAAGUGUGCCCGUUCUCACACAGCCACUCUGCCUUUGAUUCCUUCCAGCUUUCAGAGAUCUAGUCCAGGGCUCCUCAAACCAUCUGCAGUGACGGACCACUUUUGUUGUGUUUCGCUUUUUAAAUUUGCAGUGCAUUAAAGAGCAAUAUGUGGUCCUGCAUGUGACUAGGGUGUAGGAGUACCAGGUGCAUUUGAUAACACCCAAACGGGCCUUCAUCCUGUUCAGUGAGAUGAGCCCUCUGGCCACAUACUUGGAUGCUGCAACAUCUAAUUGCUAAAAACAUUUCAAAAACUGCUUUCUCUGAUUUCUGUACUUAUCACAUUGUGAAUAAGCAAGAAACCGUUCCCAGGUGA